AUGGCACUUAUGAAGAUAGGGGCAUUGCAGAAACUAGCAGCUGUCCGAAGAGCUGGCUUGCAGUCAACAUGGCGACAGCGCGUAGGGUGCGCCCUCACUGCGCCUGCGCGUCUUCCGCUCACGGCGCGGCUUUUGUCAACCACGAAUUCGUUCAAGUCAACUGAAGCUGUCGAAACAGAAGAUACACAGCAGUCAUCGGUAGAGACCGAAGCACAGCAAAACACCUCCGACCUCCCAAAGCUCGUAUUCGAAGAACAUGGAGAUAUUCGCAAUUACUUGUCCCAAUGGGCGGCACAAAACCCAUUGGACAUGGACCCAGUGCGACAACUCCGCUCUCUCCGCUUCAUGAAGCCAACCAUCGGCGCAAUGCCUAACAACCGAGAAGCGUCGGAUGUUUGGGGUGUGCAAGAGAGAAGGAAUGAGAACACAGAUGAUGAGGUCUUUGGAAAUGACCACCUGGAGCCCGGUGAUCUGAUUGUCCGCUUGGAUUCCUACGGCGCGUUCACCUACGGCAUCUAUGUGCGAUCCGUCCACAAACAACGGCAGUUUUACAUCUCUAAUGGCAAUUGGCGCAUCUGCAAGGCUAUCGAGUUUGACUAUGCCAUCAAAGGAUUUGCCCCACCUGAACUUCUCGAGCCGUUGAUAGAAUGGUUACCGGAUUCUGAAGCCAUUCCACAAACAAAUAUCCAGACAGUCCCUGAGGGAGGUCUCCCUAGGCCAGUCGGUGCUCCUCUCUUGACAAUGAUGGACAACUUUAAGACACAUAUGGUGGAAUUCUAUCGAAAAAAUUCUCAUAUCUUGGACAAUCUGCAUGAGUUGGUAGCAGAUGAUACCGAAGUUACCUGCUUGACCCUCGAGCAGUUGACAAUCAAUGCUCUAGAUAUCGAGGAGGCGGAACUGAACAGUAUCAAUAUGUUUGCUAUCCAUCAAGCUGUCCGGCGCCAUCCCUUCCUGAUUGAAAGAGACAAUAUCUCAGUCUUCAGCCAAAACUAUCUAGUGCAACCAAAAUCAGUUGCCAAAAUGGUCAAUCAGGUUGUUGAGUGGACCCAUGAACACCAGGAAGGCUUGGUUCGAGCUGUGAUGGGCAAAGAAGUACCAGGCAUUAGAGAAAAGCCGAUGCAGCAGUUCCUUUCCAAAGCGCAGCGGCUGAUUCGCAUGAGCAGAAAUGUUCGUUCGCCAACAAUCAUGUCCAGCGUCGGACCAUCUGCCAAGAAGUUCAAACCUGGUCAACCUGAAAACCCUUUGGUGUACCGGGAAUUCGCUACCGAGAGUUUCACUGCAAAUGAUCAGAAGAUUCUUGAGUUCUUGCAGCUCUAUGCGGUGCCUUCGACUGUCAUGCCGUCUGGCACAUUGAGAUCAACAGCUACGCACAUUAUGCGAGCCACGGGCAUGUAUAAUACCCUUGGUCUUAGUGAGGCUUCAACCCGCCUGUUUUUGCAAGAAAUAGGUGUCAUCGCUCCCUGGGAGAACCUUUACCCUCUUGAUCAAUAUUUGAUGCUUCCUGGACACGGUGGAUCGAUCUCGAAGGAGUUGGAACAGGAGGAGUUAGAAGAGACUUGCGCCAACAUGACAGCCGAUCAACUGCAAGAUUCAAUGCAAGAUUUACGAAAGGAUUGGGGUGAUCUACCAGUCUUUUGUGUGGAUGAUGCCACAGCAGAAGAGAUUGACGACGGUGUUUCCUUGGAAAGGAUCCCAGGAUCCGACGAUACAUUUUGGGUGCGCGUUCAUGUUGCUAACCCAACUGCCUUCUUGAACCACGAUGACGAUAUCAUGCGAAAUGCAGCUUCGCGAAUCACCAGCACUUACAUCCCGGAACGCUCUUAUCCCAUGCUUCCGAAGUCUCUCACUCAAAAUCACUUUAGUUUGCAGCCUGAUCGGCCUGUCCUCACAAUUAGUGCCAAGAUCAAUUUACAAGGAGAGAUCCUCGAUACCGAAAUCAUUAACGGGAGAAUUCACAAUGUCAUCACAAUCACACAUGGCACACUCAGUGACUACUUCAACAAAGGCAGCAAGAUUCCCAGUGAGACUUGGACGGUAGGCGGCGAGCAUACCAAACCACAAUUACCCAAGAACAAAACUGUUCGCGACACUUUGUUGCCCGAAGACGAAGAAAAAUUCAAUAUAUUGCGCCAACUAAUGCUCGCACUUCGCCAACACCGAGUCAAGAAUGGUGCUAUUGAGCUAACACCACUGCAAGCCAGAAGCUCUGUCUCAGUCCAGAUGGGAGGACCAAUGAAGCCAUACGAGAUGCAAUCCACCACAGGACGCUACUACCUCGGAGACCCGAUUAUCAGUCUCGGUGUACACAACAUCGACCCGUACGAGGUCCGGGAUGUCUCCAAAGAUAACCUGAUCUCCCUGAUCAUGAACCUGGCUGGUAGCGUGACCGGCCAAUUCCUCGCCUCCCGCAACAUCCCCGCUGUCUUCGAUGGCACAUGGUAUGACCCGGAGUAUGAGCGCCUCACCAAGGAAAACAUCUUCGAUUUCUGCGGUUCGCAUUACUAUGAUCUUAGUCCGCCCUCGCAUCUCACAAAAUCUACCCCGAUCCCUCACCAUACCAUGGGUCUGGACGCGUAUGUCAAGAGUACCAGUCCGCUGCGUCGCUACUGCGAUAUCAUCGCGCACUACCAAAUCGAGGCGGCUCUGCGCUUUGAGCAUGAACAUGGUCGUCAGUUCGAUGCCCUCGUCGAAGAUCCCGACUCGACCGAGCCUGCAAUUCCAGAACAGGAACCAGAAUCUGCCAACACGGAAACAGAGUCCGACGAACCCACCUCUCCUGUCUCGACGUCCACCGCCAUCCUCCCCUUCUCCAAAUUCGCCCUGGACGCCCACCUCACGUAUCAGGCCCCAAUCCAAGCCCGUAUCAACCAAGUCGAUGAUUUCUCCAAGGAGCACUGGACUUGCAUGUUCCUCUUCCGCGCAUUCUAUUUCGCUGAAUGUGACCUCCCAGAAACAUUCCCCUGUGUGAUCCGCAUGCCACGCACUCAGCUGAAACAUGAAGACCCCGCGUACGGGGCUUCGAUCACUAAUCUCGGUUUAGAUUGCAUAGUCACUGUUCCUGCGUCUUUCCCGGAUAAGGAUGAGCUUGAUGUCUUUUCGCUGGUCGAGGCCAGGAUUAUUUCCGUCGAUAUGGCUACUCUGCGGGUGACGUUGGAAGCCGUGAAAUUCGUCAGGCCGUUUAAGAGAACGGGUGAAUGGGCUUGA